GUAUUUUGUGGGCACCCUGCGCACGGUCACACUCAUCGAUAGUCGCCAAAGCAAUCGAUGAUUCGCACCACAAGUAAAAAGUGCUGAGAAAAACGAAAACGCGAAAAAUGAAAACGCAAUACAGAAAAGCAAAAUUAAAGUGAAACCAAGUGCGAAAACGAAGGAGCUAAAGAUUGCGUGCACAAAACUCCCGCGAGGACGACAACUACGACAACUACAGCUAACAACUAACGGUCAUAAAAAGUCAAAAAGCAACGCAGCCCGAGGAGGAGGAGCUAGCCACGCGCCCCGCUGCAGCCCCCGCGUAGGGAGCCCCGCCCACCCGCAUCUCCACUCUGCUCCACUUAAAUAGAGAUUCAAAAACAACACCCGCUGCAUCCGCAUCCACAUCCACAUACGCAUCCGCGAUGGCGAGUGAUAAGAUCAAAGUCGCCGUAAGGGUGCGACCCUUCAAUCGCCGAGAAAUCGAACUGGAUACGAAAUGUAUCGUGGAAAUGGAAAAACAGCAGACUAUACUGCAGAAUCCGCCAACACUGGAAAAAAUCGAAAGAAAACAACCAAAGACAUUUGCCUUCGACCACUGCUUUUACUCAUUGAACCCCGAGGACGAGAACUUUGCGUCUCAGGAAACUGUGUUCGAUUGCGUGGGACGUGGAAUUCUGGAUAAUGCAUUCCAGGGCUAUAAUGCGUGCAUAUUCGCUUACGGCCAGACAGGUUCUGGCAAGUCGUACACGAUGAUGGGCUCCCAGGAGAGCAAGGGCAUCAUUCCACGUCUGUGCGACCAGCUCUUCUCGGCCAUAGCAAACAAAUCCACACCGGAGCUUAUGUACAAGGUGGAGGUGUCCUACAUGGAGAUUUAUAACGAGAAGGUCCACGAUCUGCUCGAUCCCAAGCCGAACAAACAGUCGCUUAAGGUACGCGAGCAUAAUGUUAUGGGCCCAUAUGUGGAUGGACUGUCGCAGCUGGCUGUGACAUCCUAUCAGGAUAUCGACAACCUGAUGACCGAGGGCAACAAGUCACGAACGGUGGCCGCCACCAAUAUGAACGCCGAGUCGUCGCGCUCCCACGCCGUCUUCUCGGUGGUCCUCACUCAGAUACUCACGGAUCAGGCGACGGGCGUGAGCGGCGAGAAGGUGUCCCGCAUGUCCCUGGUGGAUUUGGCUGGCUCCGAGCGGGCUGUGAAAACGGGAGCUGUUGGCGAUCGUCUCAAGGAAGGCUCCAACAUUAACAAAUCUCUCACCACACUGGGCCUGGUUAUUUCCAAGCUGGCCGAUCAAUCCAACGGCAAGAAGAGCGGUAACGACAAAUUCGUUCCUUACCGCGACUCCGUGCUCACCUGGCUGCUGAAGGACAAUUUGGGCGGCAACUCCAGGACUGUGAUGGUAGCGACAAUCUCGCCGUCGGCAGAUAAUUACGAGGAGACGCUUUCCACGCUUCGUUAUGCAGAUCGAGCCAAGCGCAUUGUUAACCACGCUGUUGUCAACGAAGAUCCCAAUGCCCGCAUCAUUCGUGAGCUGCGACACGAAGUGGAGACCCUUAGAAGUAUGCUGAAACAUGCCACUGGCUCACCGGUGGGCGAUGUCCAGGAUAAGCUGGCUGAGAGCGAGAACCUGAUGAAACAGAUAUCGCAGACUUGGGAGGAGAAGCUGGUUAAGACAGAACGCAUUCAGAACGAACGGCAGCAGGCUCUAGAGAAAAUGGGCAUUAGUGUACAGGCCAGUGGCAUAAAGGUAGAGAAGAACAAGUACUACUUGGUCAAUUUAAAUGCCGAUCCGUCCCUUAACGAGCUGCUGGUCUACUAUCUGAAGGAUCGCACACUGAUUGGCGGACGCAGUAUCAGUGGCCAGCAGCCGGAUAUACAACUUUCCGGUCUCGGAAUCCAGCCCGAACACUGUGUGAUCACUAUCGAGGAUAGUGGACUGUAUAUGGAGCCAGUGCAGGGAGCGCGCUGCUUUGUCAACGGAUCUGCUGCUGUCGAAAAGACACCACUCCAGAACGGCGACCGUAUCCUGUGGGGCAACCACCACUUUUUCCGCGUCAACUCGCCGAAGAGUAACAACACUAGUAUGUGCGCCUCGGAGCCCCAGACGCCGGCGCAACUGAUUGAUUACAAUUUCGCACGCGAUGAGAUUAUGCAGAACGAACUGAGCAACGACCCUAUCCAGACGGCCAUUGCUCGGCUGGAACGUCAGCACGAGGAAGAUAAGCAGGUGGCGCUUGAAAAACAACGGCAGGAGUACGAGCGUCAGUUCCAGCAGCUGCGCAAUAUUCUAUCGCCUAGUACACCAUACGCUCCUUAUGCUCCUUACGAUCCACUGCGCAUGGGCAAGAUUACCCCAAAUACUCCCACUUCGCAAAUGCGGGUGGAAAAGUGGGCGCAGGAACGAGAUGAGAUGUUUCGUCGCAGUUUGGGUCAGCUAAAAACUGACAUUAUGCGUGCGAAUUCUCUCGUCCAGGAAGCUAACUUUUUGGCAGAGGAGAUGGAGAAGAAGACCAAGUUUUCAGUCACUCUGCAGAUUCCGCCAGCCAAUUUGAGUCCCAACAGAAGGCGUGGGGCAUUUGUUAGCGAACCCGCUAUUCUGGUGAAGCGCACAAACUCCGGCAGCCAGAUCUGGACGAUGGAGAAGCUGGAAAACAAGCUGAUAGACAUGCGCGAGAUGUACCAGGAGCACAAGGAGCGCGUUCUAAACGGACUGCCCCUUAUAGAGCCAUUCUCAGACGACGAGUUCGACGACAAGGACGAGGAUAAUGCCAAGCCACAGGAUCCAUUCUACGAGUCGCAAGAGAACCACAAUCUCAUUGGCGUGGCCAAUAUAUUCCUGGAGGUUCUGUUUCAUGACGUCAAGCUGGACUACCAUACGCCGAUCAUUAGCCAGCAAGGCGAGGUAGCGGGUCGUCUUCAGGUGGAGAUCGAGCGGAUUGCCGGCCAGAUGCCACAAGACCGCAUGUGCGAGUCAGUCUCAGAAUCCUCUAACGAUUCACGGGAUGAGUACGAUGACCCUGUGGAUCCCACAUCCAAUCAGAUUACCUGCCGUGUGACGAUCAAGUGCGCCAGUGGACUGCCAUUGUCGCUCUCCAACUUCGUCUUUUGCCAGUACACUUUUUGGGGUCACCAAGAGAUGGUUGUUCCGGUUAUCAAUGCUGAAUCAACGGCGCACGACCAGAACAUGGUGUUUAAGUUUGAACACACCCAGGACUUCACGGUUACCAUAAACGAAGAGUUUUUGGAGCACUGCAUAGAAGGAGCUCUGUCCAUCGAGGUGUGGGGCCAUCGCAGUGCCGGCUUCUCCAAGACAAAGGGCUGGGAAGUGGAGCAGCAGCAAGCCAAGGCCCGUUCCCUGGUGGAUCGCUGGGCGGAGCUGUCGCGGAAGAUCGAGCUUUGGGUGGAGAUUCACGAGCUUAAUGACAACGGCGAAUAUUCGCCAGUGGAGGUGACCAAUCGCAACGAGGUCUUGACCGGUGGCAUUUACCAGUUGCGUCAGGGUCAGCAGCGGCGGGUGAAUGUACGGGUGAAGCCUGUGCAGAACUCUGGCACCUUGCCCAUUAUCUGCCAGUCGAUUGUGAACGUUGCCAUUGGCAGUGUGACAGUGCGAUCCCGGCUGCAGCGACCACUGGAUUCUUACCAGGAGGAAGAUCUCACCGUGCUGCGCGAGAAGUGGAGCGAAGCACUGGGACGAAGGCGUCAAUACCUUGACCAACAGAUCCAGAUGCUUAUUAAGAAGGAGGAGAAGAACGAGCAGGAGCGAGAGAGGGAGCUAAGCUUGGUUCAUCAGUGGGUCUCGCUGACGGAGGAGCGCAAUGCGGUGUUGGUGCCAGCUCCUGGCUCGGGUAUUCCGGGAGCACCUGCUUCUUGGGAGCCACCGUCCGGAAUGGAGCCCCAUGUGCCCGUCCUCUUCCUCAACCUGAACGGCGACGAUCUGUCGGCACAGAACACCAACGAUGAGCUUUCCGUCGCCGGCAUCAAUUCCAUUCUGUCCAAGGAGCACGGGCAUAAGUUCUACACGCUGCAAAUCCUGCAGCACCUGGAUAAGGAUGUGUGCUGUGUGGCCAGCUGGGACUCUUCGAUGCACGACAGUCAGGCCUUGAACCGCGUCACUGAGGCCAACGAGCGGGUCUAUCUUAUUCUGCGCACCACGGUACGCCUCUCGCACCCGGCACCCAUGGAUCUCGUGCUCCGCAAGCGACUGAGCAUUAACAUCAAGAAGGGACAGACGCUAACCGACCGCCUAAAGAAGUUCCGACUUGUGCGGGGAGAGAACGCCAUCUGGCAGAGCGGCGUCACCUAUGAGGUGGUCUCUAACAUUCCAAAGGCUUCCGAGGAGUUGGAGGACCGCGAGUCUCUCGCGCAGUUGGCUGCCAGCGGAGAUGAUUGCUCCGCAAGUGAUGGCGAAACCUACAUAGAGAAAUACACACGCGGUGUUUCGGCGGUGGAGAGCAUACUGACUCUGGACCGACUGCGGCAGAAUGUGGCGGUCAAGGAGCUGGAAACGGCACAUGGCCAGCCGCUCAGCAUGCGCAAGACCGUCAGUGUGCCGAACUUCUCACAGCAACUCAUAAAUAAACUUACGCAGAUUAUGCGCUUCGAUGCAUCGAUGGAGUCGCUGCUGAAUGUGGGACGAUCCGAGUCCUUUGCCGAUCUCAAUAACAGCGCUUUAGGCAACAAGUUUACUCCAGCAGGUCACAGUCCAGCAGGAGCAGGCGGAGUCAUCCGAAGUCGCCACAGCUUUGGAGGCAAAGGAAGCAGCGAUGAUUCUCCCGGAAAAGCCUUUGGCAUUGCGCGUCCAACAUUUUUGAAUCUCAAUUUGAACUUGAACACUUUGAGAAUUGCGCCAACGAAACCUUCGCCAGCUACUAGUAAGCUGCUGGGCAUGCGCAUGACCACGUUGCACGAGGAGCCACUGGGCGGGCACAGAUCUCUCGACGAAGAGCCUGAGGACAGCUACAGCGACUCGGAGUACGCUGCCGAGUACGAGCAGGAGCGACAGCAAAACAAAAGCAUGGCCACGCGAUCCCGCCUCACGGCUUCCAAGACGAUGGACUCAUUCAUGGACGUCAGCAGCCAUUCGAACCAGAGCUACUUGAGUUACACGUCCAGUGCCAACGCUAACAUGAAGCAUCUGACCGGCUUGGCGACGCUGAGCAUGAGCUCAUCCACCAGCAGUGGCUAUGGUUCCCAGGCUGUCUCCUGCAACAAUCUGAGCAACGAGGAUAUUGCUUCAAUGCGUUCCAUGAGCAUUGAUGAGACUCCAGAUUUCGAUCGAGUCAACUCGAAUUCGCCACCGAACCGGCAGGCAAGAGUUAACCCCUUCCUCAAGGACAUGCCCAAAACUAAAAUUCAAGAGCAACCAGAGCCGCAGGCUAAGAAGCUGCAGGAAGCAUUCACGCAUCCGUUGGAGCAGCUGGAGUCCAGGGAAAACGCACAAAGCGAUGAUGAUGAAUGCGCCCAACUGCCAAAGAAUAAUAACAACAACGAGGACUUGGUAAAGGAGCCAAAGCAACUUGCAGGCGAAACGCAACUGGAGGAAGCUACAUCGCAACCUGAAUCGCGAACGGAGUUUGCCACAGACAAUCAGAACGGCAACAGGUCCUGCGACGAGCUAAGCCACAGUUCCGAGGAUCUGCUCGAAGGCGAUGGCAUCGUCCGGGAAGAGUUGCCCGCUGGUAAGGUGGUGAAGCGCAAAAAGUCCAACACCCAGCCCCCGAGCAAUGGCAACAGCAUAAAUAACAACAACAACAGCACAAGCCAGGCACCACGCAUCAAUCAUCGGGCAUCGGUGGCCAAAAUGGAGGGUCUCUCCGCAUACAUGGACUCUAGCAUUAUGACCAGCAGCACAGAAGUUGAUGAGGAAAGUAAGGAUGUGGAAGUGGUUCUGCCCGAGUGGAUUGUGGUGGGCGAGUCAGUGCUAAUCCGACCCUAUAACACCAGCGGCGUCAUCCGCUUUGUGGGAACCACGGAAUUCCAACCCGGUGCCUGGAUAGGCGUUGAAUUAGACACACCAACGGGCAAAAACGACGGCAGCGUGAAGGGCGUUCAGUAUUUCCAGUGCAAGCCCAAGCACGGCAUGUUUGUGCGCUCCGAUAAGUUGGUGCUGGACAAGCGUGGCAAGGCGAUGCGAGCCUACAAGGCCGCCGAGAAGAGCAACAGCAUCAGCAAAGAGAUGAGUACCUCCCUGUCUGGUUCGAUGACACGCUCCAAGAGCCGCGGCGAUUCGCUAAACCUUUCGGCGCGUAAAUGAUUGUACCCAAAGUGUUCGCAUCAGCUGCAGCGUUGGACUAAUUGCAGGCAAUCGACGGUAGCCACCAGCGCUGCCAGCAGCCAGCCGGCGACCUGCCACAGAUUGCGUGCAACCAGCGGCGCUGCAGAUGCGAACAGUCAUGGCAAGAAAUGCUAUGCCAAUCGACGCUCGACGGCCUUCUAAAGCUGCCACCCAAGAUAACAAUGUCGAGAACGAGGAGGACGAAGGAAAAGCGACUCGACAAGCAACGAACAAUGCGGAGCAUACUCCUCAUGCCAAUCAUAUUCUAGCUUACUUAACUAUUCUCACCCCAUGCCGCAAAUGAAAUGCCGUACACUUAUCCACACGCUUCUCUAAGUAGUUUAAGGCGGUGUCUACAGCAGAACUAAUUAUUAAUCUAGCUAAACUAAACUAAAUGAAACGAAUCGAUACUAAUCUAACCUAAGCCGGGUAGGCAUUUGCGUAGUUGCAAUAUUUCGAACACUUGAGCGAGAUCGUAAAAUUUAGCGACCCUUCGAUUAAUGUAUGUGUGAAACAAUCACUUUUGAUUCCAUUGUUUUGUGUUCGUGUAGUUAAUUGUCGUUUAUGGCUUUUCGAUUUUUGAAUGAAGCGCUUUACUGAUAUAUUUUGUAAUGGUUCUUUGCCUUUAGUUUAGUUAAAUUGUUUUUGAUAUCAAUGUGACUUGGUUAACGAUGAGCUUAUAUUUUUACUUGUUAUUGACUGUAUUCAAUAUAUAAAUCAUUUGUAUAUAUUUAUAAUUAAGAUCUUGCAAUAAUUUCGUCUCCAUGUUUCCUUUCCUGAGCUCAUUUUCUUUUUAGCGCAUUUAUAUACAAUUACGAAUACAAUACGAUGUUAGUAAUAAUGAAAGCAACAUAUUCUAUAAACCUGCGUCUAAGCAAUUGAAGCCUCCUAAGAUGGUCGUAUCUUGGAACUUACUCCUCGAUUAAGUCGCUUCGCGCCGUCGCAGUUAUAUGUAAAUUGUAUUAUUUUGAUGUGAUGUAUUUAUAAUUUCCCUUUAUAUAUGCAUAUAUAUAAAUAAAAUUUAUUUUACCGUACACGUAGCUCAUUACUUAUGAUUUCUUUUAUUUUCCCAUCCCGUCCGGAAAGUGCAAUAUAAGUGUUAGGAUCUUUAAGUUGUAUUUAUCAAUGUUGAAGGUUGUGUGACUAUGUUUGUGAGGCGUUUUAAGUACCAUUAACUUAGCACCGAGCCAGAAGUUGGUGUAAAGUCCAAAAAUGAAAGAAAGCAAUAAUUGCAUUAAAUAUUCGAUUUUAUGUUAAGAUACUUUAAUAAUCGUACACAAAGAUGAUUGACAAUGUGCCGAAAUAAGAUGGGAAAGUUAAUAAUUGAAUCUGGCACCGGCUAAAGAACGUUUGUACGUAAAACCGUAAACGUAUCCAUCCAUCCAUCCAACCAACCAACAUCCAAAGCACUCCAAAACUGAGUCUGAGAUAAAUUGCAAUUUAAAACACAAUAAGAGCGAUUUACACUUAGAAAACCCAAAAACGAAACUGAAACUGAAAUCCAACAGAAAACAGUUGGGGACGUGUCAAAGGUCAAACCCCAACUGGAAGAUCUACAACCAUUCAUCCAGUGUAUACAAGCAUAAAUAUACACCACUUAUAUAUAUAUUAGGUAUAUAUUUUCGAACUGUUUUUCUACUUGCGUAAAAGCGAAAAGCAACUACCAAAAUAUACUUGAAAAUACGUCCAAAAUUUAAAAUCCAAGGUCAAGAUACAACUAUGAUAUAUACUUACAACUGCAUGGAUAUUCAUGAAUAUAAAUAUAAAUUGCAUAUUUACCAAUGAUAAACCCAAAUGAGACAGGACUAAUUUAAAUAUUGAGUGCUCCCUGGGGGAAUCCCGAAUAAUAAAUCCCAACCAGGGGCAUUUGUUUGAGUACUAUACACGUAUGUGUGUGCAUUUUGUAGACGCCGCAUCUCAAAUUCAAAUCGGUUGAGCACUACAAUUCAGAAUUAAUUUAAUCACAUGAAUGUACAUAGUGAGUGUGGCAUUAUGACCGGCAAAAUCACCAUCAAAUUAACGCAUUUAACUAGCGCAAAUAACUAGAGGUUCAAUUAGAGGUUGAUUGAGUAACGUUAUCGAGUCCCCGAUUGAAAACGAAAGUUAGCAGCAGUUAGCAGCCCAGUCAGUUUAUUUGUAAAAUAGAUCGAGAAGCCAUAGUUGUAGUCAGUGUCAGUGUGCAAUGCAAUGAAAUUAAGUAGCCGUAGGGAUCGCGAUUGGAACGCCGACAAAUUAAAUCGUACCUUGACGUUAUUAAAGAAUUAAUCAUAUUUUUGUGCAAUCUAGUGCAGUUCUCAUGCAAUCAGCCCCGCAAAUGAAAUAGUUUGCCAUUGCAUAUAGCACCUAGCAUAUAGCAUCUAGCCUCUAGCGUAACGGAAUGUUAGGCACACACAUAUUAUAUGGGAUGUAGGAUCGGAAGGCAGCCUUCGGAGGAGUUUACUCGUAAGUUUGCGCACUCUUAGAGCUUUUAGCACGGUCAACGAAUAAAUGUUAUUACACCACAAUUAUAGCUCGACUCCAUCAGCCGUUAAAUAAACUAUCCAAGAGUUCAGUCACGAGUUAAUGAAUAAACUAAACCAUAUGCAAGAUCUACUUUAUCAUACUCGUAGUACACAAACAGACGCACCAAGCAAAGCCAUUGUUGAUGAAUUUGGUUCGGUUCGUUCGGUUUGUAAGUACGGAUAUGCCAGUUUAGUUCACUCCUCACUUGUAGUUGCGAAUGCAGAGCAAAUUCAGAACAAACUAGGGUACAGAAAAUAGGUGUCAGCAGCGGAAACCGUAAAGAUAAUUCUAGUAAUUUACAAAUGUUUUACUCCAAUUUAAGUAUUUUAAUGCAAACACGCCAGAGAAAUUAAACAAAAACACACGCGUAAUCAGCAAAUUUAAACAACUUCAACAAAGCAAAACAAAUUAAAGAGAAUAUGAAAUAUGUACUUA